UGUGGACCGAGUCCAGAACCGUUACUUCCCCUAGUCAAACUGCGAACGCGCUGAACCUUCGAAGCCAUGCACCAACAUUGAACCAGCCAGCCCCCUUCUCGCUUUCCACGCAACUCCCACCUUCUUUUUCCCGUAUAUAUCACCCCCCUCUCUCACGGUCUCUCCAUAUCCUCAGCAGUUCAACAAGAGCCAAGAUUUUUUUUCGCUUCACUCCUCUUCUCUCUUUAAUUCUCUGUUCCUAGCAAAAAAGAAAUGGAAGAUAGCAAGGAAAUUGUAAUUCGUGAAGUUUGGUCGUGUAAUUUGGAGUCGGAAUUCGAGUUGAUCAGUGAAUUAAUCGUCGAGUUCCCGUAUAUAUCAAUGGACACCGAGUUUCCUGGUGUUGUUUUCCGACCACCAGUGGACCCCGCCAAUAACAGGAAUUAUUUCCGACAGCUGAAGCCGUCGGAUCAUUACAAGAUCCUUAAAUCCAACGUCGAUGCUUUAAAUCUUAUCCAGGUGGGUCUCACGCUUUCCGAUGCAGAGGGGAACUUGCCCGAUCUGGGAACUGGAAACCGGUUCAUCUGGGAGUUCAAUUUCAGGGAUUUUGAUGUGGAGCGUGAUGCUCACGCUCCGGACUCGAUUGAGUUGCUGAGGCGACAAGGGAUUGAUUUUGGGAGGAAUAGAGAGGAGGGGGUUGACUCCGCGAGGUUUGCUGAGUUGAUGAUGUCGUCUGGGCUUGUCUGCAACGAGUCGGUGAGUUGGGUUACUUUCCAUAGCGCGUAUGAUUUUGGGUACUUGGUGAAGAUUCUCACGGGCCGGGACUUGCCGUCUGGGUUGGUGGAAUUUUUGAGGGUGUUGAGGGUGUUUUUCGGAAAUAAAAUUUAUGAUGUGAAGCACAUGAUGCGGUUUUGUAAGAGUUUGUAUGGCGGGUUGGACCGGGUGGCCAGGACGCUGGAUGUGAACCGGGCGGUUGGGAAAUGUCACCAGGCUGGUUCGGAUAGUUUGCUGACAUGGCAUGCUUUUCAAAAGAUGAGGGAUGUGUUUUUUGUGAAAGAUGGACCGGAGCAACAUGCUGGUGUUUUGUUUGGAUUAGAGGUGCUUUGCUAAAAAAUGACGUGCGUGAUUUACGCAUAGAUUAUCUGAUUUGUUAAAAUAGAAAUUUGUAAAUUAAGUUGAUGAGACUUGGAAAAUAAUUAAAGAAAUUCUCUUGAGGUA